GAAGACAAACGGAAGUUGGCGUAACUACGGGACGACAUAAAAACGAUGCAACGGCAACCCGGUGAAAUCGAGUGGAAAAAUGUUGGAGUAGUUGUUCAAAGAACGACGACUAUCAUAUUUUGAACGAUGGCCUCGUACGAGGAGAACGAGCAAAAACGUGAACGACUGGAAGCUGUUGGCAAGAGUCACGUCGUGUUGUACAGCCAAGACGUCCAAGAGUUGAUUGGUCCUCAGGAAGAACUUACCCUUCAGUCGCAGAGGAGGAGAUCCAGUUUUGAGCAAGAGAAUCCACAGCACUUCCACAUUAAAGAGGAAGAGGACGAUCCACAUUCCCCCCACGUUAAACAGGAAGAAGGUGAUCCACAGCAUAUACACGUUAAAGAAGAGGACGAGGAGGCUGACGUCAGCAAGUUUCCACUGACUGUUGUUUGCGUAAAGAGUGAAGAGGACGCAGAUGAACCACUUGAGUGGUCACAGCUUCAUCAUCGCAGUCCAAGUGGAGACCCCUCUGGCGGAGCACUACCAGACAACCUCUUAGCUCCACUAUCAGACGGUGCAAACGCACAAGAACCUUCAAAGAGCGACGCAGACUGUGAAAAUUACAACAAACAGUCAAAAUGCUCUAAAAAGGAGGCACCUCUUGGCAACAAGGAAACUUCACAAAUGCAUACAAAGAAAAUUACCCACUCAGUUUGUUUUCAAGGUUCUGAUAAAAAAACAAAUACUAAUAGACACACGAAAACACACACAGGGGAAAAACCCUUUAGUUGCCCAUUUUGUGGUAAAAAGUUCUCUCGAAAGGAACAUGUGGAAUCACACAUAAGAAUACACACAGGUGAAAAACCUUUCAGUUGCUCAACUUGUGGUAAAGCAUUCCCUCAUAAGGAAACUAUGAUAGCACACAUGAGAUCGCACACUGGAGAAAACCCCUUUUGUUGCUCAAUUUGUGGUAAAACAUAUUCUCGAAAGACCCAUGUUGACUCACACAUGAGAACACACACAGGCGAAAAACCCUUCUCUUGUUCAAUUUGUGGGAAAAUGUUCUCUCAAAAGCCGAACAUGGUCAAACACAUGAGAAUACACACAGGAGAAAAAACAUUUAGUUGCUUAUUUUGCGAUAAAACAUUCCUUCAUAAGUCACAUGUGGAAUCUCACAUGAAAAUACACACAGGAGAAAAACCCUUUAGUUGCUCGGUUUGCGGCACAACAUUCGCUCAAAAGCAAAAUCUGGUAUCACACAUGAGGACACACACAGGAGAAAAACCUUUUAGUUGUUCAGUUUGUGGAGGAAACUAUGCUCAGAAGAAGACUUUAACCGCACACAUGCGGAAACACAACAAAGAGAGAAUAAAUGUUUGACAGUAAUGCCCUGCAAUACUGCAGCAUCAGAAGAAGACCAUGUACUGGUUUUAUUGUGUUUUAUGUACUCUGUUUUGAUGUAUAGUCAAUAAAGAUCAU